AUAGGGUUAACUAUAUUAAUAUAACUAAAUUACAAAAUUUGCAAUUACAAUUUAAAAAGCAAGAAAUGUAGUUUAGAAAUUUACCAAAUUAUUAUAUUCGUAAUAAAUAAAAUAACUUUGCUUUUUUAAAUAUAUUUUUUAAUUAAAAACAUUUUGAAAGGAAUAAAAAUGUUGUUAAUAUUGCUAUUGAUGUUUUGUGACAUUUCGCUUGGUAAUAGGAAGUUCUAUGACACUUAUUCUGGAAAACCUAUAACAAUGGAAGAAUUGAGGACACAUGAUAAGCAGAAUAAUACAUUCUGGUGCGCCAUCGAGGUGGCUGACUGCAACCCUAAAGAAGGAAGGCGUCUGGAUGGUACCUGCAACAAUCUGAAGCAUUUAACCAGGGGAGCGACGCAUACCCCCUUCUACAGGGUCUUACCUGCUGUAUAUGGUGAUAAUUUCGAGCCAAGAAAAUCUGUGACAGGACAAGACUUGCCACUAGCUCGACUUGUACGCACUACUCUGCUAGCUGAAGGCAAAGUACCAGACCAGAUCUUCACUCAACUCCUCACCUACUACUGGGUGUUUAUGUCUUCUGAUAUUGCUGCUCUUCAUGAUACUGUGAACUACAUUGAAUGGAUUCCCUUCUGCUGCACUGAAAAAGGCAAAACCGAAUAUAUGUGCACUCCUAACAAAGUGCCCAUUGAUGACCCUGUCCAUCGAUUCUCAGGCAUUCGAUGCCUGAACAUGACGAGGCCAGUUUCUUUCCAGACCUCAGGAUGUAUUGCUAAUAACACUAGUCCAGAAAGGAUAAACACAGCAACGCCAAUAAUGGAUCUAUCUAACGUCUACGGAAGCGUUUUAAACGGUUCACUUAGAGCUCGAACAUUCAAAGGUGGUUUAUUGAAAGAAGAAGUAGAAAAUGGUAGAGUUUGGCCACCGAGCGUCCCAAUUGGUGUUUGUCGGUUGAAUCAGCGUCCUGCUGAAACAAGAUGCCAUGGCACACCUGAUGACGUCACCAAUACUUUAGCCGGUAUCAAUCUUGUUGCCACGUGGUUUUGGAGACAACACAACAAAAUUGCCAGAAAACUAGCUAAAAUUAACCCUUGCUGGAGUGACAACCGACUCUUCUACACUGCUAGAGAUAUUAACAUCGCCAGCGCUUUGCAGAUUUACAUGUAUGAGUUACUGCCUGCUGUUAUGGGUAGGGAAAAUUUAAUUGUUGAUAAUGUCAUCAACGGUGGGCUGGGAUUUAGAGAUUUCUAUGAUCCAACUGUCAAACCGCAGUUGUCUUUGGAAUACCCGUAUGCACUGCGAUGGACGCAUCUUAUACAAGAGUCUACUAUAAAAAUGUACGAUUCCAAAGGACAUUACGUGAAACAGUUUCCAAUGGUGAACCUAACUUUGCGCACUGGGUACUUUGCUGUUGAUAAUAAUAUAGACUAUAUAACACAAGGCGCGUUUAGACAACCUAGUGCCAAGUUCGAUUACAUUGUUGAUCCGGAUAUGACCGGAAUUGGAUUAGGUCCGCAUCAAAGGUCAACAGACAUUCUAACUAACGAUUUAGCAAAAGGCCGGUAUUUUGGUUUCCCUCCUUAUGUUGAGUACAGAAAACUUUGCUCCGGCUUACGUUAUAAAACUUGGAAGGAUUUAAAGCCCAUUAUUAAUCCUGAGCAUUUAGAGAAACUACAAGAAUUAUACAAGAAUGUUGAGGACAUAGAUCUAAUGGCUGGCAUGUGGGUUGAAAAGUAUAUUCCUGGAGGUUUUGUGCCACAGACAUUUUAUUGCUUAAUCAUAGACCAGCUGCGUCGAAACAUGGUCGUCGAUAGACACUUCUUCGAAAGACCGACAAGACCUAAUGCUUUUACCUUUCAGCAACUCCUAGAAAUAAGGAAAGCUACCAUAGCUCAAGUGCUCUGUGACGUUGGAGACACUGUCACAGAGAUUCAGCCACACGCUUUCUUCAGACAAAGUCUAGGCAAUGAAAUGCGCAGUUGUGAUCAAAUUGAAAAGGUCAAUUUGAAUGCUUGGAAGGACAUUUCAUGCCAUUACAACCCCGGCAAAGUCGAAAUACCAACUCUAUAUUCGUAACAUACUUGAUAUAUAUUUAACGGAAAUUGUAUUUCUAUUCAACAGCAUAAUAUAUCGUUAACAUGUUUAAAUAAAUUGACACAUCUCUUGUGAAAUAAACAUAAUGUUGUAUUG